UCGGCCGGUAGUGGCGAUGUCCAGCCGGUCCAAGCGGGAGUCUCGCGGUUCGACCCGCGGGAAGCGCGAGUCCGAGUCGCGGAGCAGCUCGGCUCGCGUCAAACGGGAACGAGAUCGGGAGCGGGAGCCCGAGGCGCCGAGCUCCCGAGGCAGCCCGGUGCGCGUGAAGCGGGAGGUCGAGCCGGCGAGCGCGCGCGAGGCCCCGACGCCGGUAGUCCCGGCGGUGAGGGUGAAGCGGGAGCGCGAGGCCGACGAGGACUCGGAACCUGAGCGGGAGGUGCGAGCAAAGAAUGGCCGCGUGGAUUCUGAGGACCGGAGGAGCCGCCACUGCCCAUACCUGGAUACCAUUAACAGGAGUGUGCUGGACUUUGACUUUGAGAAAUUGUGUUCCAUCUCCCUCUCGCACAUCAAUGCAUAUGCUUGUCUGGUGUGUGGCAAGUACUUUCAAGGCCGGGGUUUGAAGUCUCACGCCUACAUUCACAGUGUGCAGUUUAGUCACCAUGUCUUCCUCAACCUCCACACCCUCAAGUUUUACUGCCUCCCUGACAACUAUGAGAUCAUCGAUUCUUCACUAGAGGAUAUCACGUAUGUGUUGAAGCCCACUUUCACAAAGCAGCAGAUCACUAACCUGGACAAGCAAGCCAAGUUGUCCCGGGCAUAUGACGGCACCACUUACCUGCCAGGUAUUGUGGGCCUGAAUAACAUAAAGGCCAAUGACUACGCCAACGCCGUCCUUCAGGCUCUGUCUAACGUUCCUCCUCUCCGGAACUACUUCCUGGAAGAAGACAAUUAUAAGAACAUCAAACGUCCUCCUGGGGAUAUCAUGUUCUUGUUGGUCCAGCGUUUCGGAGAGCUGAUGAGAAAACUCUGGAACCCUCGCAAUUUCAAAGCACAUGUCUCUCCCCAUGAGAUGCUGCAGGCUGUUGUCCUCUGCAGCAAGAAGACUUUUCAGAUCACGAAACAGGGGGAUGGAGUUGAUUUUCUGUCCUGGUUUUUGAAUGCUCUGCACUCAGCUCUGGGGGGCACAAAGAAGAAAAAAAAGACAAUUGUAACUGACGUUUUCCAGGGAUCCAUGAGGAUCUUCACUAAAAAACUGCCUCAUCCUGAUCUGCCAGCGGAAGAGAAAGAGCAGCUGCUGCAUAAUGACGAGUACCAGGAGACGAUGGUGGAGUCCACGUUUAUGUACCUGACCCUGGACCUGCCUACCGCCCCCCUGUACAAGGACGAGAAGGAGCAGCUCAUUAUCCCCCAGGUGCCUCUCUUCAACAUCCUGGCCAAGUUCAACGGCAUCACUGAGAAGGAAUAUAAGACCUACAAGGAGAACUUUCUGAAGCGCUUCCAGCUCACCAAGCUGCCUCCAUAUCUAAUCUUUUGUAUUAAGAGAUUCACUAAGAACAAUUUCUUUGUGGAGAAGAAUCCGACUAUUGUCAACUUCCCGAUUACAAAUGUGGACCUGAGAGAGUAUUUGUCUGAAGAAGUGCAGGCAGUGCACAAGAAUACCACCUAUGACCUCAUCGCCAACAUUGUACAUGACGGCAAACCCUCUGAGGGCUCCUACCGGAUCCACGUGCUCCAUCAUGGGACAGGCAAAUGGUAUGAAUUACAGGACCUCCAGGUGACCGACAUCCUUCCCCAGAUGAUCACACUGUCGGAGGCUUACAUUCAGAUUUGGAAGAGGCGAGAUAAUGAUGAAACCAACCAGCAGGGGGCAUGAAGGAGGUGUUUAGAACUUUGCUCCCAGGGGCUUUGGCUGACGUUGUUCUGAGCACAGGUGGACGGCACAAGCCCCUGAGCCAGCUCUGUGUUCUGGUUCUCACCAGAGCAUCAGUGGUUCAUCUGCCUCGGAUGGCUCCGUGCUGUCACUCAGCUGGUCUUUGAUCAUUUGCAGUAGAUUGGUGCCCCUUUCUCCUCCCUGGCUAGCUCCCUUCUAGCAGGCCAGAACUCUUUUACAGAUGUAUGUAAUUUAUUUCCAAAUAGCCAGGAAUACUAAAGGACUAGAUGGGUUUCUUUGAAGCAUCAAAGCCUCAGGAUUAUAGGAAUUAGAGCUUGAAGCCAGUAACACCCUUCUUCCAUCAUAGGUAGUUUUCCUGUGGCUCUCUUCAUUUCUUGAUAUGUAUUUUGGGAUGGAUUAAAUAUUUUCCUGUUU